GCGACGCGUCCGGUGUGAUAACUUUCUUCGAAAUCUUCAAGUUAUCAACAACGGUGAAGUAUGCAGUCGACAGUGGAAAAGGAGUUUGCUCAAUAUGAUCAGCACAAUCUCUGGCAACCGAUAUACCAGGAAGUGAAGAAUGAAGCUGCUGAGAGAGCUAUUGAUGAAGACUUCUCCACCUCUGAAGCUAAGAAACCGGUGAAUCGUAACAAAAACCGGUAUCGGGAUGUUAGUCCUUAUGAUCACAGCCGAGUUGUACUUCAUCGUGGUGACACUGAUUACAUUAAUGCAAGCCUUAUAGAGGUAACCGAGGCCAAUCGACACUACAUACUUGCUCAGGGUCCAUUAGAACAUACAUCUGGCCAUUUCUGGCAGAUGGUUUGGGAACACAAAUCUAAGGCUGUUAUAAUGCUCAACAAACUAGUAGAAAAUGGCUAUAAAAAAUGUCACCCUUAUUUCCCUCAAAGUGGUCUAGAGGAGGAGAUAGAAUAUGAAGAGGUCGGGCUCAAGGUGUCCCUCCUAGAUGAAUCCUAUCUCAAUUAUUACAUCGUAAGGAAGAUUGAACUGGAGGAAAUUGAGUCUGGAGACACGAGAGAGGUGCUUCAUUAUAACUACAUCACAUGGCCAGACUUUGGUGUGCCAUCCUCCCCUCAUGUCUUCCUCAACUUCCUAAUGGUUGUACGAGAGACAGGAUCCCUAGAUGCUGAUGUAGGUCCACCUGUGGUUCAUUGUAGUGCGGGCAUUGGCCGGUCUGGUACUUUUUGUCUCGUUGACAGCUGCUUAGUCAUCGUGGAAAAAAGUCAGGACCUCAACUCUGUGAACCUAAGACAGUUAUUGCUCAAGAUGCGGACUUGUAGAAUGGGUCUCAUCCAGACUGCAGACCAGCUUCGUUUCUCCUACAUGGCCAUCAUCGAGGGCGGUCAUCGUAUUCUUGCCAAUGAUGAUUCCACAUUGUCUGUCCUCGAGGGUUACAUGCAGCAGGAUAAAAGUGUGCUGCCUCCACCACCUCCUACAAGGACCACAAGUCUAUCCCCCUCCCACGGACAUCGCGGAGAGGCACCUCCACCCCUCCCACCACGCACAGGGCUUCCAAUGGACAUGGCUGACGGACUAGAUAAAUCUCAGGACUUUGAAUUGUCAGACUCUGACUCUCUCGUUGAUGAAGAUGACGAUGACAAUGAAGAUUUGUCAGAGAGUGAAGCAGAGGAUGAAGAUGACUUUGUUGAUAUGAGGAACUUACAGCCAGAGAAAAGAGAGGAUAGAGUGAAUUGUAUAGAUGAGGACAUUCGGACAGAACCUCCCCACGAGGAGAUUAUCCACACAGAGGAUCAAAACAACACUAGUGGUUAUGAGAUCAGACGAAGAAACAGAGAGGAGAGGUCAAAGAAGACUCGGGAGCAGGUGGAGAAGAUGCGACAAAAACAGAAAGACAAUGAUAUGCGGAAAAGUCGAAGAUCUUACUUCCAGCCAGUCGCUAUAGGGCUUUCAAUUCUUCUAGGUGGACUGUUAAUAUAUCGUUAUUAUUGGUCCAGUUACUGAUGUUAAACAACACAGAAAUAUUUUUAUAUUCAAAAAUGUGUUAUUGAAAUCUGUCUGUGUUAAUUGCCCAACAUAGGCUCGAGGAGAGAGGACUAGCACCAGCAAAGGAAGGACUAUGCAAACUGGAAGAGCAGAUGGAAAUGUUGUGAAUGAGAGAAAAGAUGGAAAUGUUGUGAAUGAGAGAAAAGAAUUAUUGGUGAUUUCAACUGGAAUGUUAUAUUAUGCUAUUAUUUUUUAACAGGGAAAGAAUUGUCUCGGGCUUCAUGUUUUAUAAAGGAUAAGUAUAUAUACUUCCCUUCUGUAUUCAUGAUACAUUAAGUUUUAUCCCCAUAUUUCAAUAUCACAGAUAUAAAUGAUAUGUUAAGAAAAGUUAUUUUUGAACACAAUGGACAUUAUAGUUGUGAAAGGCUUAUAAAACCAAUCUUAAAAAUUCCUGAAAUUUCCUUUAGUAACCGAAGUUGUGUACUCAGAAUAUAACAGAUUCAGUGAAUAGUGUCGAGAGAAUAAAAUCUUUGUGAUGAGAUCAAUGUUCACCCAAAUCUUAGUGACUGAUUUUUACAGGAGUCACUUUGUUAUAUAUUCAAUACAACAGGGGCAGGUUGAAGUUUUGUUAAUUAUGACAAGUAAAUGUACAUCACAAAUUGGAAUAUAUUAGUACUGGUCAUAUUUGUACUUUUUAGCUCGCUGGGACGAAGUCCAGAGGAGCUUUUGCUCUACCCCGGUAUUGGCAUUGCCAUAGACAGCUAGGUAAAAGUUUUUUAUAAAAGUGUUGUAUCAAUACUAAUGAGGGUACAGCUUAGUUAUAUUAGUCCCCUACCAGUAAAACCGGGGAGACUACAGGUUUUGCCUGCAUCCGUCCGUCCGGUUAAAGUUUUGGUUAAAGUUUUAAAAUGGCACACCAUUCACUUAAUAAUGGUAUUAGGAUGCCGAUUCUUUGCAUAGAGGUUCUUUGGGUGUGUGGCAUUAUUUUUGUAUGGUUAAAACUGAAAAAAUUAUUUUCAUUUUUUGAAAAUUUUGGCAUAUUAUGAACUUAACUUUUUUCUCUGUAUUGAAUGCUUCACUGAUAUGAGAUUCUUUUGGAAUAAAAUCAGUGUACUACUAUGCUGUGCUAUGCA